AUGCCCAAGUAUUAUACGUAGAUUAAUAUACCAAACCCUACUACUUUUCGAAACCUACACCAACCAGAUCGGCGCACCCAAUUCUCUAUCCCUUUCUCUCCGCCGCCUAGACGACCACCGCUGCUUCUGCCUCACCGCCGUUGAUGUGUGUGUUCCAAUAGCGUUAGGUCAAGGCGGACUACUCUCGAUCUCACAUCGUCUACGACUCUACGCUUAGGUGCUACAAUGGCGGCAGCAAUCAGCCUCCGCAAAGGGAACACCCGGCUCCCGCCGGAGGUGAACCGCGUGCUCUACAUUCGGAACCUUCCGUUUAACAUCACGAGCGAGGAGAUGUACGACAUCUUUGGCAAGUACGGGGCGAUACGGCAGAUCCGCAUCGGCACCAACAAGGACACUCGCGGCACCGCCUUCGUGGUCUACGAGGAUAUCUACGACGCCAAGACUGCCGUCGACCACCUCUCCGGCUUCAAUGUGGCGAACCGUUACCUGAUCGUCCUCUAUUACCAGCAGGCCAAGAUGGGGAAGAAGUUCGACCAGAAGAAGAAGGAGGAAGAAAUUCAGAAGCUCCAGGAGAAGUACGGCAUCUCCACGCCCAAAGAUAAGUAGUACUAGUAAUUAAUUUCAUGUUAUCUGGAAAAUAGAUAGCUUAGGAAUAUUGACGAUAACGCAAAUCAGCUAUGAGUUUGGAUGUGUUGUAUUGUGUUGUUUAUUGCUCCAUAUUUUAUAUUUGCAAUAACAAUUACUGAUA